UUAACCUUGUUACAAGUACCAUUUUUGGAGUAGCGGUCGAUUUGUGUUUAAUAAAAUUAAAAAAAGAAAUCUAAUACGAUUAAUUAUGCACAAGUGUUUAACUAAAAAGGAAGACAAAAUUAUUAGAAAUAAAUAAAAAAUAUUCAAAGUAAAUAAUAAAUCAAGUAUAAUAAAAAAAUAAAUUUUAAAAAUCACUCAUAUCAUCCGUUAAAGUAUUUGAAUAAGUUUGAAACUAAAACAAAAAACCACGUGAAAAUGGUGGAACCAGAAUCUGAAGUAGCAACAAUAACGCCAAUAAACGCCACAAAAGAAUCUGAAGUACCGAAAAAGAAAAAAAUUGAAACAAACGAUAUCGUUUCGAUUGUAAUCUCUAUAAUUUGUGUAAUUUUAAUAGUGAUCAUUAUUUAUUGUUUAUUUGUGCAUUUCACCGAAGUCGCCAAUCAAGAACGUACUUUUACAGUAGACCAUGUGGGCAAUACAUUCCUAAUGAAUGGCAAACCUUUUCGUUAUGUAUCCGGAUCAAUUCAUUAUUUUCGAGCGGUACCCGAAGCUUGGCAUAAAAGAUUAAGAUCUAUGAGAGUGGCAGGUUUAAAUGCCAUCGAUAUUUACGUUGAAUGGUCUCUCCAUAAUCCCCAUGAUGGGGUAUACGAUUGGUCGGGUAUUGCCAAUGUUGAACGAUUUAUACGAUUGGCUCAGAAAGAAGGUUUCUAUGUGAUAUUAAGACCUGGUCCAUAUAUAUGUGCGGAAAGAGAUAAUGGUGGUUUACCCUAUUGGCUGUUGGGUAAAUAUCCCGGCAUUAAGGUGCGCACCAGUGAUGCCAAUUACACACAUGAGGUUUCAGUGUGGUAUAGUCAAUUAAUGCCUAGAAUGCAACCUUUCUUUUACGGCAAUGGUGGACCCAUUAUAAUGGUACAGGUGGAAAAUGAAUAUGGCAGUUUUCCGGCUUGCGAUCGUGAAUAUAUGAAAUGGUUAAGAGAUGAAACUUUAAAAUAUGUGGGCGAUAAGGCUUUGCUCUUUACCAUUGAUUAUCCGGCUGAAGAAUUAGAGUGUGGCAGAGUUGAUGAUGUCUUUAUGACCAUAGAUUUUGGUGUUGAAGAAACUCAAGAUUUGGAUAAAGUAUGGAAUACUCUAAGAACUGUACAGCCUACUGGACCUUUGGUUAAUUCAGAAUUUUAUGUCGGCUGGUUAACGCAUUGGCAUGAGAAAAAUCAAAGAGUGGAGCCUCAAGCAGUAGCGGAAGCUUUAAGAUCCAUUUUAGCCUCAAAUGCCAGCGUUAAUAUGUAUAUGUUCUUUGGUGGCACUAAUUUCGGUUUUACCGCCGGUGCCAAUGAUUUUGGCCAUAGUAAAUAUGUGCCCGAUAUUACUUCUUAUGAUUAUGAUGCCGUUCUAGAUGAACGUGGAAAUGUAACCAGGAAAUAUGAACUAAUACGCGAUGUUCUCAGACAAUAUUUCAGAGUAUCCAAAAUGAAACCGGUUCGAGAACAAACAUAUGCUUAUGGUAAAGUGGAUUUAAAGCCAAUUAUGAAUUUACUGUCGCCACUAGGCCGUUCUUCAUUGGGCAAAAGUGAGCUUGUAAAAUCUCUUAAGCCAAAAUCAUUUGAGAAACUAGAUCAAUUUUCUGGUUUAGUAUUAUAUGAAACCAGUCUAGAGGGAAUGGCUAUAGAAAACUGCACUCUAACCGUUAACGAUUUAAGAGAUCGUGCUUUAGUCUAUGUCGAUCAAGAAUUUGCCGGUAUAUUAUCAAGACAAAGUGGCAAUUACUCUCUAAAAUUGAAAAAAUCUUUUGGCUCUACGCUACAAAUUCUGGUGGAAAAUCAAGGACGUAUUAAUUAUCACAUAGCCAAUGAUACUAAGGGUAUUAUGGGGACUGUUACACUAGAAAAUAAUAAAGGAGUUAUUAGAAACCUAGAGAAUUGGUUACAUACUUCCUACUCUCUAGAAGAAGUGCUGGUACAAAAACUUUUAUCUGCCUCUUUGAAACCGUUUACGGAAAACCAUUAUCUCUUAUAUCAAGGACCCGUAGUAUAUUAUGGUGAAUUUUAUGUUAAAAAACCUCAUCAUACAUUCCUCAAUCCCACCGGUUGGGGUAAAGGUGUAGCUUAUGUUAAUGGUUUUAAUUUGGGUCGUUAUUGGCCUUUGGCAGGGCCUCAGCUAACUUUAUAUGUACCUCAAGAAAUACUACUAAGAGGUCGUAAUACUCUUAUAAUAAUUGAAUAUGAACAAACUAAUCGCGCUGGUAAAAAUAUAGAUCCUUAUAUAACUUUAGAUAAUAAGUCUCAAUUAGAUAAUUAAGUAGGUUCGAUUAAAGAAUUUUCAUAUAAUUUUAAUAUUUAAGAUUAUAUUGAAAGUGAUAUUGGAAAAAAGAGGCUAAUACUAUGUAGUAAAAUGUUAAAAUGUAAUAUUUAAGUUUUAUUAUUUUAUUUAAAAUAAAAAAUUGUUUUAUUGUUAAUUUCUUA